GCAUAGGCUGUUUUCUGAGGGAGAGGGGAGGAGUCAGGAUACUGACGUCCCGUACCGAGCUGCUGCAGUUUACUCUGACAAAUACCAACACUGUAAGAUCGGCACCUCCUUUAAAGCGGAUGUGUUAUCUUAUUUUAGGACGCUUCUAUAAAACCUGAGAAUGGGAGCUGGAUGGGAUCUUAGUUCGGCUACAGACAGAAGCGUGUUCAUCAUGCGGGUUCUGCUGGCUCUGUUUCCUCUGCUUCUCAUGGUCUGGAACAGCACUGAAGCAUUACCUGUACAGGACAAGCUAUCACACACCAAUGAGGUUCUGACUGAAGACCAGAAGGACCUGCUGAAGAAGAUGAUGACUGAUAUGGAAGAGCUGAACCUCACUGAUAAAGAACUAAAAGAUCUUGAUCCUGAUCUUGUGAAUGGUACACUGGAAGAGCGGUCUACUUUUGAAAAGACGGAGCCUAAAGAUAAAUCACCAUGUAAGCUCUUCUUCUGGAAAACCUUUUCCUCAUGUUAACAUAUAAAACAGAUGAUAUAAUGUGCCUGUUCAAUCUACAAUCCUGCCUUAACAGUUAACCGAUAUCUAAUAACUACUCGUAAUGAAAUGAAGUGUAUUCCCAGGCAUGUGCAGUUUUUGUGUUGUAAUGUGGCAAAUCUGUAUAACUGUUGAAAGAAAUGAUGUAUCUUUAACCAGUUACUGCUUGAACAAAUCCUCAAAUAUUGUGGCCUUUUUGCAUGUACACUUUAAUACUGUUUGACAUCCAGACAAAGGUAAUAAAAGUUCUCUAAAUCUCCACAUGCCAAAUGUGAGUUGGCUAAUUCUUUA